AUGGACGCGGUGGCAGAGACGGUGCAGCAGCUCAUUGAAGGGAUGCGGCAAAGGAGUGGAUUUCUCUGCAGCGAAGAUUCCCUUGAAGAGCUUUCGACCGCCUUCAUGAACAGCUCCUUGUCAGCGGAAGCGAUGGAGCCUACCGAGUACUUGAAGUGGCUAAGAUGCAACGUUUUGGAGCGCGAAGUGAUCAUUGAGUCUCCCAUGAUGAUGGGGCACAUGACCACCAAGCUGCCCAGUUAUAUGCCGGACCUGGGAAAACUGGUCACAGCCAUGAAUCUCAACUUGGUGAAGACGGAAACUGCAAAGGUCACAAGCCUCUUGGAACGAGAGGCCAUUGCGGUGUUACACAAAGAAAUUUUCCAUCAGGACGAUGCCUUCUACGCGCGGCACGUGCAGUGCCGCAGCAGUUCUUUGGGUGUCAUGACGUCUGGCGGCACCGCGGCCAAUAUCCAGGCCCUUUGGAUGGCGCGGCAGCGGCUGUGUCCCGAUGCCGAGGCCAGGGGUCUGACGCUCACGGGAGCCCGCCGCGCGGUGGUGCUGACGUCCGCCUUGGCGCACUAUUCGGUGGAGAAGGCGAUGUGUUUGCUGGGCCUUGGCAGUGAGAAUUUGAUCAAAGUGCAGACCUUGAGCGACUUCUCGGUGGACGUAAAAGCCAUGAAACGUGUCCUUCAGCGCCUGGAGAAUGUCCAGGUCAUGGCCAUCGUCGGCUUGGCGGGAGCCACAGAGACGGGCCAUGUGGAUGACUUGGAAGCGCUGGCGGAUCUUGCAGCUUCGCUGGGCGCGCAUUUUCACGUCGACGCCGCUUGGGGCUUCCCCCUACUGUUGGACAAGGACCAUGGCAGAGGUUUGAUGAAAGGGGCGGAGAGAGCCGACACGGUGGCGGUGGAUGGUCAUAAACUGCUCUACACCCCGAUGGGUUGCGGUACACUGCUGAUGCGCAACCCCUUGGAUCCUUCGCGCGUUUGCAAGUCUGCGCGCUACAUCAUCAGAGAAGACAGUUUCGACCAAGGAAGGUUUACCUUGGAGGGCUCUCGACCCGCCAUGGCCAUUUAUCUUCACAUGAACCUACGAUGCUUGGGUCGACAAGGCCUUCUUAGCCGUAUCGCUGCGGGUUGUGCCCUCGCGCAACGAUUAGCAGAGAUGCUGCGACGCGAUGAAAGUAGUUUUGAGCUCAUCACCGACCCUCCUCAAAGCAACAUUGUGCUCUACAGAUAUAUCCCCAGAUCAUUCCGCCAUUUGGGAAGCGUUUUGGAAGAGCACGGCAAGGCCUUGGACCACUUUCAGGUGGCGUUGCAAUCCGCACAAGCGGCCGCCGGCCGAAGUUUCGUGUCCCGCACUGCGGUGCCGGUGCGGAGAUACGGAGGGAACUUCGUGGUGUGUCUUCGAGCAGUUUUCGGUAACCCCUCGAUCAAUGAGGAGCACUUGGAGCAAAUGCUUCAAGAUCAGGAGAGGCACGCAUCCGAACUGGAGAAGUUUCUUUUCUCAACCGCAAUCGAUAUUGCGCCUUCGCCCGGUGGCACCACCCGUGUUCCCGACGCGGGCGAAGCGGGCGAAGCGGGCGAGGAAUCCAGCGAUUGAGAAGGGGGGUCCAUUAGAGGCGCGGCUGAUUGCUUAGGUAUCUCCUGACUGUGCAGAGGAUUUGCCUGUUCUUUUUGCUGGCAAGCAACGACGAUUUGACGGUGCAUCCACCA